CCCAAAGGUCUCCUAUGUUCGCCUUUAUUCCCAUAACACAAUAGAUCUAUUUAACCAUUCGUCAGUAUUUAUAUAUUCCAGGUUACUCGGCUAUGUAUAAUACUAAUCAUACUCGCACUAGGCUUAAAGAUGCUAUGUAUUCUAAAAGGACGUGUACGUGGUAGGUUAAUUACAUGUCAGAGUCUACGCUCAUUUAUCUUACUGUCACUAAUCUACUGGUCGAAAGUAUGUAUUGAAAGACAAAUGUUAUCUUACCAUUCCCACUAAAAAAUUAAAACUAGCAUCAAACGAUUCCCCACAAUAAUGUGUAAGCCUCAUUUAUCUAUGGUAAGUUGGUGAGCAUUCUCAGGGUCGCUUGAACGCCGUUCAUAAAUCAUAGUCUCGUCUUAUGGAAUGCCACUUUAAAAUGCAGAAUACCUUCUAAACUGAACUGACCCUGAUUUGCAAAUCUGAGGAAAUCACUGAAAUGCGAUUGGUACGGCAGAGAACACUAUGCAUCAACAGGUAAAAUAGUCGUUACCAGCAAAAAUCUUGAGGUAGUUUUAUUAAGUACAUAGGCUUAAAAAAAGAAAAUAACCCUCAAAACACAACAUAAGCUUUAUGUUAAGAGAAGAGGCAAGACUACAAGGCUGUAUCCAACAAAGCUCAAAUCCUUAAAAGACAGAAUUGUCCUCCGUCCACAAAACGUAGCGAUGGUCAACGUGAAAUUAGAUGAGAACCAUAUGCUCCCACUUGUAUCGGGGCAACUUUCCUAUUAUCAAACUUCCUUCAUAAUGUUACAACAAAGGCAGUUCUGCUAUCCAUACAGCAUUAAAUAGAGGGAUAAACUCCUAAAAAUGUAGAGAUUUCUGUGAUAAAGCAAAUAAAACUAGUCAGCACGACAACUAUGACCUUCACUGCUACUAAUUUUAGAUCAAAAUACUGGUGGGUAAUUAAAACUUGAAUUACCUCCGAUAUGCUAAUCACUUUUAUUCUUGUAAAUCCUUUAUGCUAGUUGCACCAGUUGUCAACUCAUUUUGUGGACUAUGAGUUAAAUCAAACCUGUUUUUGACUAGUCAUACUUAGUUGCAAAUCACAACACGUAAAACGGCAAUAAUAUCUAAAGAAAUCAAAAUAACCAUUCAAUGGCCGAACUAUUUUUAGACCCAUCUAUUCGAUCCUGGGUAUUCCUUCCUCUUGUAAUAAUUACUUUCCUCUUUGGGGUUUUACGUCAUUACAUGACUAUCAUGUUCACCAGUGAGAAAAAGGGUGAACUUGAGAAUAUCGGUGAUAGUCAUGCCUUAAUCCGCAGUAGACUUUUACGUGAAAAUGGAAGAUUCUUGCCCGCAAAAGCUUUUAAAAUGCGCAAGUAUUUCUUCAACGAUAAGGAGCAUGGGUUUUUUAAAACACAAAAGCGAGAAAGUCCAAUGAAUAAUCCAAUGGCUGACCCCUCAAUGGCAACUGAGAUGCUAAGAAGCAAUGCGCUCAAUAUGGUUCCAAUGAUUGUUAUUGGCAGCUGGAUCAACUGGGCUUUUUCAGGCUUCUUGACCACGAAAGUUCCAUUUCCACUCACUUAUCGAUUUAAGCCCAUGCUUCAAAGGGGCUGUGAGUCGCUUACUUCUCUGGAUGCAUCUUGGGUUAGCUCUGCAUCUUGGUAUUUUCUGAACAUAUUUGGCCUCAGAAGUAUGUAUGGUUUGGUACUUGGUUCGGACAACGCAGCUGAUAACUCGAUGAUCUUGCCAGAUCACCAAGUACCUACACCACAAGCUCCACAGGAUAUGCAAAAGGCGUUCAAGGCAGAAUGGGAAGCAUUGGAAGUAGUCGACCAUCAUUGGGCUUUAGCAGACUGUGAAACAAGAUUACUGAACAGAUUAUCUUGAUGCGUUCAAUUCUUCUUUAAAUGUCAAUAUACUCUGUUUUUCGAA